AUGCCGCUCGCCUCGACCAACGCAAAGGCGCGUCUGGCGGCUACCAAGACGCGCCAGCCCAUCGCCUCGACCUCCGCCUCGACAUCUGCGUCUGCUUCGGCUCAUCCGACUGCCGCGUCCAUUCGCAGUAGAGUGCCUCCCUCAGGUCAUGCCUCCCUACACGAUUCUGCGCUCUCGCAACCCCAACCGUCGCGGCCGUUGCAACUCCAGCUGCCGCCUCCCCUCCCAACACUUGUCGAUCUGCAGACUGCAAACAAGAUCGCGCCCUCAUCACAGGUCAUUAGCGCACGCUUGCUAUCACUCGCACGCUCCUUUCUCGCCAUUCAACCGGACACCGCCUCGCCCGACCCCCUAGACUGGGAACUCGAUCUAUGCACAGCCACCUUCUCCGCCGUCUAUGCAGUCUGCCUCGAUCCUGCCUCCACCCUCGCUCGCAGGACGCUCGCCCGAUGCGCUCGUCUAGGCGGCUUCAACAUCGUCCUGCCCUUCGCGCCGGCUGGCAGCGCCGCCUCUUCCACCGUCUCUCCCUCAACGCUAAGCUCGCAUGACCCGCACGACGUUCCGGGCGCUCACGCCUGCAUCCACAUCCUCCAGCAAGGCUCAGCUGCUACCUUCCAGGAUUCCGACAGCGCCAGAGAGUAUCGAGACGCCAACCGCGUCCUUGGACGUGCCUCGGAUGCUGCAGAUGUUCUCAGCAUACUCAACGACAAGGUGCUUGGAAAACGAAAGGCCUCGGACACCAAAGGUGACCUCACCUCCACCGCCCAGCCCGUGCCGGCACACGCUCGCUUCGCGUCACAGCUCCAGACAGACGUUGCUCACGCCUCUUAUUCACGCAACCGUGUCGAGGAGGCGCGAGCCACUUUCGUCCAUGCCUUGGAGCAAGACCCCUUCAAUUGGCGCGCAUGGGCAGGGCUUUGCGACACUGGCUACGGCUCGGGUUCUGCGAGUCGGCAUCUCGGUCUGUCCGCUCUGGAUCGCCUCUACUCCAAGAUCGUGGUCGACGUGCAGGCGCCAUACGUAUCCAUGGAGGCAGCACUCAAGUCUGCACCCGCCUUCUCGGCUGGCGGCCACGCAUCCUCCUUGGCCAUGGUUCGCAAGGUGUCCGAAGACGGAUCGAACAAAAAGUUCAAAGUCUCCUCGGAAGCUCCCCCCGUGCCUCCCCUGCCGACCAGCGACAACCGUACAGCACCCUCUUCUGCCAAACCGACGGGCAACCUCACGCCUCCGCUCCCCACCACUUCGGCGAGCAGCGUUACGGCAACUCGGCUCCAUCCACCCUCGCGCGCCCUCUCCGCUGCACAGACCAACACCCACCAUCUCGACCCCUUGCCUUCGGAGCAGGACGACGUCAAGGCCUCCAAGGUCAAUACUGUCAUUUCGCGGCCAACUCGCAACGGCGCUGUUCGCACCGCCACCAUCACCGAUGGCACCACGACGCAGAACGGCCGACAGCUACGCUCGACAGCUCAGAGAACGGGGCCGGCAGCCGCGCCGACCAACGUGGCCGCUCGCGCCCGUCCCGUCUCGGCCGUGCAAGGCAGGGCCGGCGCAAUCAGCCAAGCCGGCAGCGUCUCGUCGACCUCAUCGGCGUCGUCUGCAUCCUCAAUGACUUCGCGCGCCACUGCCUCGACCGCUCGCACCGCCGUGUCCACGCGUAGGGCGGCGACAGCCACGACCAGCCAGCCCACAGCGCGCGUCGGUACCGUCAAGUCCACUGCGCCAGCUUCUGCGCGGAGCGACACGGCCGUGAACGGAACCGCCGCUGCAACGAGGAGGGUGCCGACAGCAAGCGCUGCUCGCUCCGCGACGGCUAGUUUGAGCCGGCCGGGCAGCGCCAUGUCCAAGGCCAGCUCGACCUCGAUCAGUGGGCAGAGCACCACCGCUCGUGCCAAUGGAUCGCUCGCAUCCGCCCGCACCGCCGCCGACGCCAUGCGCCAGAAGGAAGAGGAGACGGCGAGGGCUAAGCUCGAUGAGCUUGUCGCGCUGCGCGAGUCGUGCAUGCAGCGUCUGACCGCGCUCGCUCACCAGCAUGCCGCAGACCGGUACAUCCUGGCCCUGCUCGCCCACGUCGGAGAGGCGUAUCGACUGCUACGUCUGUGCGAAGGGGACAAGGCCGCGGCCGCGCUCAUGCAGAACGUGCUGCCGUCGAUCGGCGCUGCUGGCCAAAACGAGAACCCAGUUGUGGAGCCGCGAGCGCCAACGGAUGGGCAGCAAGACGAUGCGGACGAGCUUUCGUCGAUAACGGCGACACCCGAAGCGACGCGCCUGCUCGAUCUGCAAGUCAAGGACAGCCUCAUCCACCACUUGCUGCUCGGCCGAAGCUACGCCGAAAGUGCGCAGUAUGCAUCUGCCGAGACGCACUUUGCUGCGGCGCGCAAGCUGAAUCCGUUCGUGGCGAGUCACACGGACAUCUACUCGCUCGUGCUUUUCCACCUCUCGCGCGAGGUCCAGCUGUCGGCUCUGGCGCAGCACCUGGCCAUGGUCGCUCCGGGCACCGCCGCCACCCACGUUGUGGUGGGCAAUGCCUUUUCGCUGCAGAAGGAGCACCAGACGGCGCUCGUGUGUUUCCAGCGCGCGGCGGCGGCGGCGCCCGACUACGCUUAUGCCUACACGCUCGCGGGCCACGAGGCGCACGACCUCGGGCUUCACGACGAGGCCAUCGCGUACUUUCGCAGCGCCAUCCGCUGCGACCGCCGGCACUGGAACGCCUGGGCCGGUCUAGGGCGUGUGUACCUCGGCAUUGGAGAGCACGAGCAUGCGGCGUGCAAGAGUCUGCAGCAGGCGAUCAGUAUCAACCCCACCAACCACCUGCUGUGGGACUUGGUCGGCUGGACUUUUGCGCUCGUCAGCGCGCCCGCCAAGGCACUCGAGUGCUACCACCGUGCAAUUGAGCUCGCGCCGGCCGCGUCGGUGCUCACGUACUUGCGCCGGGCAGAGCUGCUGCUGCAGCAGGGCGAUGUUGAGGCGAGCCACCGCGAUCUUGCAUGCGCGCACGACCUCGCGCCGGAAGAGGCGAGCAUCCACAUCCUGCUGGCCCAGUCGUACAUGCGCCUAGGCGGCGGCGCCUUCUGCCACCUCGAGACGUCGGGUGGUGCGGGCCAAGGUGGAGUCAAGGCCGGAUCGGCGCUGCGGGCAUCGGGCGUGAUGGUGUUGCCCAAGGCAUACCAUGCCGAGAUCUCGCACCAUCUCAGCGUCGCCGUCGACCUGGAUCCGUCGCUGCUCCGCGUCGUCAAGAGCAUCUGCGAGGGCUACAAGAAUCUGCCGGGCAGCAAGCUCAGUGUGCACGCGCACGACCUCACCGCCGCGUCGUUUACGCAGUCGCAUCUAUCGGCGGACUCGGCGGGGCUCUCGCACUACGAUGCGUCCAGGGCCGAGUCGGACGCCCGACACGCAGACUCGAACGCGCAACACAGCGCAUACGGCUCGUACCGACAGCACAAUUCGCUGCUGGCCAACUCGACGCCGCAGCAUCCCCAGCUGCUGGUGCCUGCCGACUUUGCAUCCACGCAUCCCGCCGCCUACCCCGACUCGAGCAGCUUCCUCAGCUUGCAAACGCCCGGUAGCACGUCGGACAUUGUCCUGGAAGACGCAGACACGUAG